AUGAAGCCAGAAGAAACAUACGACUUCAUCGUAGUCGGAGCAGGCGUCGCAGGCUGUGUGGUAGCGAGUCGAAUCUCGCAAAGCCGUCCCGAUCUGCGCAUCCUGCUCAUCGAAGCCGGCGUCGAGAAAGACGAUCGGACAUCCGGCGCAAUGGGCUUCGCGGCAGGAUUCGGCUCGGAUCUCGAAUGGCCCCAUCGCUCGGUACCGCAGGAGCGCGCUUUCGGAGGUGAUACGGUGUGUCUGGCCUCUGGCAAAAUUGUCGGGGGAGGGUCCGGGGUAAAUUAUCAGGUGUUUACGCGCGGGCCGGCUGUUGAUUAUGACCAAUGGGCAGAUCUUGUUCAAGACCGGAGAUGGUCGUGGAAUGGUCUUUUGCCGUAUUUCAAGAGGGUCGAGACGUGGUAUCCUUCUGUGGAGAUGAAGGAGAGAGGCCUUCUCACUGUUGAUUCUCAUGGAGAUUGUGGGCCGAUCAAGGUCAGCCAUGCGACGAACAGUGGACUGCCACGAAAUUACCCGUUGCGGGAGAAGAGUCGCAGAUUCCACGAAUUGCUCGGUCGCAAGCAGGUGGAUGAUAUGAAUAGUGGACAGCAGCUGGGGUACUCGGAGGCGUUUAGUUCCACCUAUGCGGGAUUGAGGAGCUUUGCGAGUAGCUACCCUUUGGGGAGUAACGUCACUGUCUGGACGAAUUCAACAGUGGAGAGGCUCAUGAUGACUGGGAAGACUGUGGAAGGCGCCAUUAUUGCGCGAUCAGUGGGAGAUCAGAUUGAGCGCGUCCAUGUCAAGGCUCGGAAAGAAGUGAUCCUCUCAGCUGGGGCAUAUGGAUCACCCAAAAUCCUCCUUCUAAGCGGCAUCGGCCCAGCAGAAGAAUUGCAGCCACAUGGCAUCACUCCAGUCGUAGACCUUCCCGUGGGGAAGAACUAUGCUGACCACCCUCAUAUAUUCACCUACUGGUCGAUUGACGAGCACAAUGCUACCCUAGGUGAUGGGGAGAUGGAAACAGAACAGGUCCAUUGGCUAGCGGGCUUACCAUACGACUGGAUGUCUUUUGCACCUGCGGAUGCAAAGACACAAGAGCUGGCCAAACAAGUUCUGAGCUCAGCCGAGCGCAAUCGGUACUUGGCUGAGGGGAAGAUGCAACUUGAAAACUUUAUUGUUUACACCGCCGUCGACACGUCCGCUCGCAAGAAACCCCUCGAAGGCUGGCCCGGGAAGCGCGUCAUCAGCCUCAUGCACGUUCUCGUCGACUCAGUAUCACGGGGUACUCUCACGCUGCGAUCAUCUGACCCUGCUGACACCCCCGUGCUCGAUCCCAAACUCCUUGCAUCCCCGAUUGACCGAUCGGCGAUGUACGAGAAUGUGCGGGAGACUGCGCGUGCCAUACAGGCCGUCGAGGGUCUUAAUGCUGUCGAGUUCGGCGUCGACGAUUCCCUCCGUGACAAUUGGUCCGAUGAGGCGAUCGAUGUCCGGGCGAACCGGAGUGGUGGUAGUUGCUUUCACUACUCGGGGACUUGUGCGAUGGGGGAAGUUGUCGACACUGAGUGUCGGGUGUAUCAGGUUGAGCGAUUGAGGGUUGUGGACUCUGGUGUAAUCCCACUACCGUUGGCGGCGCAUUAUCAGGCGCCUACGUAUGGUGUUGCUGAACAGGCUGCUAAUAUGAUUCUUUCCUCGGUGGCGUGA